AUGGAACUCCAAGCCCUGGGCUAUGAAAUGUUGAAAUGGCAUCCGUCCGAAGUUUUUCCCCCAAGUCUGAUUCCGUAUGGACUUCUAGAACCCUCGCCAACCAGAGUUCCUCUUUUCGCCGUAAAAAAUUUUGCUUCGUGGCUUAACCGAAUUGAAGGGUUGUUCGCCAACAAUUGCAUCCCAUCCGAGAGGAAGAUAUUCCUAUCUUCAUUCUACAUGUCAGGCGAGGCUCUCCAAUUUUUGUAUGGAUUGGCAGCAAUCUCACUUUUACACUCCUGGGAGGACUUGCUGGAACGAUUGGAGCUUCGAUUUGGCCAAUUCAUCGGGCAAACCACCGUGGUAUAUGUAUGGGAUGCUUGUGAUUCUGACCCUGAACUAGGUAACUCUUUCUCUGAGGUUGUGAGUCCCGAAAUUGGUUUUGAUGAUGUUCAUUCCAAGUUGGAUGCUGAUUCUGUGAGUUUAGUGGGUAUUAUUGAAGAGCCUGGUGAUGAGAUGUCUCUGAUUGAUGUUGUUAGGGUGGGAAAGAAUUUUGAUAGUGUGAUUUCUGAUGAAUUGCUGCCCCUUGAUGAUCAGAAUAGUGCAUUUUUUGUUACUGGUGGAACUGAAAAAUGUCAUGAGGAUAAAAGGGCAGUUUUUGGUGGAAAUACAGUCAAGUCUAAUUUAAAUCUCAGUUUGUUAUUUGGUGUUGAGGCUGUGUUAGAGUCGUUUGUGAAUUCUUCCACUAAUAUAAAUGUUGGUUGCCCAAUCCGGGUGGAAAUUGGGAAUUCAAAUGCCAAGAUGGCAACAUUUUUUUACUUUGACUCCAUAUUUGCUGAUGGAAGCAAAGACAGAGUGCAGCCUGUUGAUGUUAAGGUGCCUAUUCUGUUUGAAAAACUCAGUUCGGGAAAACCCUGGGUUAAAGGGGCAACUGGUUUUAGAGGGGGCACUGAAUGUUGUUUGGAUGUAAUUGUUGAUAGUAUUGCUGUUAAUUUUAUCACUGGCAUUCGGUUGAACUUGUUGGAUGAGAAUCCUGUUGAAGCUGGUAGAGUGUCUCGUCUGCCUGUGAAUCAGCUGUGGUUUAAAGUUUGGGUUGAGAUGGUAACUGGUUUUAGGGGAGGAACCAUGUUGUUGGAAAUAGAGAAAUGGAUUCAGACGUCUACAUGUUUCAAUGGUGGUAUCCUGACUUUUGAAAGUCAUAGGAAGCAUAUUACAUCAAUGGAAAAAUCAAAUUUCAUUUGGAAGAUUGAUUAG